AUGGCAUGGGGCUUAGAAAGCGUGUACCUUCGCCUCAAAAAACGUCAUCCCAACGACCAGGAGACCCACAUGCUGAGCAAUGAUGAUCUAACCGUGGUGGUGCUGGAGAGCUGUGAAGGAUGUAUGCUGCUGGCAUCCUGCUACAUGGCCCACGACGUACCGGCUCCACCUGAAGAGCUGCGGAGAUUGGUGGACAUGGUCUCCUCCUCCAACAAACAAUUAAUAAUCGGAACGGACGCCAACGCUCACCAUAGCGUUUGGGGAAGUCCCGACAUAAACGAAAGGGGUGAGUCAGAUCUUGAUUUUAUCCUAAAUUAUAAGCUUAGACUAGCCAAUAGAGGUGAGGAAUCUACCUAUGUAGGUCCAACCUCUCGUAACGUGCUGGACUUCACUAUUGCGACUGAGUGCACUAAUGUAGAAGAGUGGAGAGUCCUGGAUAGACCCUCCUUCUCCGAUCAUAAGUACACUCAGUUUACCAUUCCUUUAAACAGGGUACCUGUGGCUCAGCCGAUCAGAAUUCCCCGUAAUACGAACUGGGUGAAAUUCUCUAGCCUUGUUUCCAAGUCCGCCGUGCACCAUCAACUCGGUACAGCACCUAGAAACAACUGUCAAUGUCCUCAACUUGCUAAGAAGGCGGACAACGAAUAUGUCUGGGACGAGUACAGGUCUCUCCUGAAGUCCUACAAGAAGAUGAUCCGAUCUUCUAAAAGGUUUUCAUGGAGAACCUUUUGCUCAGACCUGGACAAUAUUAAAGACACCUCCAGACUGAGGAAGCUGCUGUCCAAGCAGGAUACCAGUCCUAAUCUGCUCAAGUCGGGCGAUGGAGUGUGGACGGAGAGCAGUGCUGGUACUCUUGAAACAUUACUCUCAACUCAUUUGCCGGGAUUUAUUGGAAUAGAGAAUAGUGACUGGCAGCUCUUUCCUAGUCUCCCAGUUAUGAGACCCCCUGCCGGUCUAAUUACAGACAAUAAAAUAUCGACUCCUUUGCGAAGAUCAGGGCACUCGGUCUCGAUGGACUUUCCCCAGCAAUGCUGCAAGCCAGCAAGCCUACGAUUGUUCCUUGGCUAUCGGGAAUCUAUUCGGCGUGCCUCGCAUGGGGUCAUAUCCCCACACUUUGGAGGAGUUCGAAAGUCAUUUUUCUGCCCAAGGCGGGCAAAUGCAGUCAUGUGGUCCCAAAUGACUUCCGACCUAUCAGCCUAA